AAGUUACGCCACUAUUCGGUCAGAUAUCCGAUACCUAAGCUGACCAUCCGAUUGCCGUUCAAACGUAAUCCGUUGGACAUUACGGUCGGCGGCGAUGAACUACACGGAUGGCUAUACCGACAGUUCCCAUCAAGCAAUAUAUCAGUCGAUAAAUAUCUGAAACAAGUUUCGACAUCCAAACUGUGUACAGCCUAUUACUAUCCCCAUUGUCUGGAUAAGGACAGGUACUAUCAUAUGUUACAGCAUAUGAUCUACUAUUUUAUAAUGGACGACAAAACUGAUGAACCAUCGGGUCCAUUGAACAGCGAUAAUAUAGACGAAUGUCGCCGAGUUUGGUCACAAGUGGCCAAACUAUUUGCCGACAUAACUAACGGCGGCGACAGUGUCGGCGGUGGUGUCGGCGGCGGUGGCGGCAACUGUAUGGAGCCAUAUGUUGAGGUAAUAGAGCCGACAUUUACGGAUAUCUAUCGGUCAUUAAAUGGCCAACAGUGGUCACGUUUUGUCAAUUCGUGGUUGGACUACGUGAACGGUAAUGUUGAACAAAAUGAGGUCAAAAAUCAACGGUUCGCUUCUGUAGAUCAAUUGCUAAUGAAUCGCCGCAAAACUGCUGGUGUAAUACCAACUACACUAACCCUGGACUAUGCCAACAAGUUUGAGCUACCGGAGCCCGACUAUUUGGACCCGCGUAUGCAAACAUUGAUUCAAUUGGCGACCGACAACAUUGUAUUAGUCAACGAUUUGUUUUCGUUUGAAAAAGAGAUAAUGGCCAACAUUGGACAACAAACUCUAACUACGGGCACCGGUAGUUCAAUAAGUGAUGAUGACAUUCAUACCGAGAUAUUGCCGCAAAUGGCCAACACUGUGGCCAUAACUGCUGUUAAACUAAACUGUUCGGUACUGGAGUCGCAGACAAACAUUAUCGGACGUAUCGAACAAUUGGAAUCAGAUAUCAUAAAACUAGUUAUCGAUUGGGAAACCGGUGGCCGACAGUCGUUACCGUUAAGUACCGGUGCCCGACAGUUCAUCAAUGGUAUACUUUAUAUGGUUAGCGGUAACUGUCGGUUCAGUUUAGGCUGCGAUCGUUAUAAUAGUUUUAUGAACUAA